CUAGGUCUGGUAACGUUCAGUUGUGCAAUUGUUAUUAGAAUGAUAUUUAAAAAGCUACUACCGAGUUUAAUAAUUUUAGUGAUAGCAGAAGAAGUAUGGAGCCACGUUGAAAUAGAAGCGGAAGAUUACUUCUUCCCGUUAGAACCAGUAAUAAAUUUCUGCAAAAUGGCCGACCAGUGUCAGCAUGACUUUGUGGCAAUUUGCGGGCAGGAUUCUUUAGGUAUUUCUAGAAUGUUCAAUGACAACUGCGAUCUAUAUGAGUACAACUGUGAUGAGAAGAAACAAUACCGCCACGUAAAGCUAGAUGUGUGCAAGUAUGAAGCCGCCGCUUCUGAGAGGGCACAGUAUAGAUAAAGCAGUAGCUACAUGGCUUUUGUUAGUGGCAAAUAAAUUUUAUUAUAAUAUGACUGACGUACAGCUAAUACCAGAUUUACUUCCUAACUCUAAGUACGAGUUAAAUAAUCCUAUGGAAUACUCGUAUUGUCUAAAGCAAAGAUAAUCUUGAAAAGUAAUUGUCAAUAAAAAAGGCUUAAGAAAGUAUAUUUUAAAGUUCCUUUCCGUUCCGUUCCCUUCCGUUUCCUUAUUUGUUGUUUGUUUUUUUUAAAUGUGGAUGUAGAAUAUAGUACAUAGUUAUUUUCAUUUCACCUUCCCUGUAAUAUUUAGAUUUUUAAUAUGCAGUGUAAAUAAAAUUAUAACUAGUUAAGUCUAUAAAGCAAAAAUACUCCAAUAAAAUUUACCCAAAAUAAAACGAAAAGAUUCAUUUCUUUAUUUUGUAAAAGUGUUUUAAAAAAAUAUGAAGUCUCCAGUAUUUGUCAUCGCGAGUAACUACAACACAUUCCUAGUACUCUGUCUUAGUAUUUGCGUCAAAUAUUUACUUAGUAAUCUUGCCAAUGUUACAAAAUCUUUGUGUUUUUUAAAACUCGCUGCUGUGUUACUUGUCAAUUGCUGUGGAUUUACCUCACAGACAGAAUU